AUGAGUACAAAAAAGGCAGAAAAGGUAAACCAAGACAAAUCUGAUGAUGAUUUCUGUUCACCAUAUAUUAAUGAAGCUUUAAAUGAAGCUAGAGAAAUUGUUACAAAAGGAAAAGCUUCUGAAAAAAUUGGAGAAUAUAUUCUUCAAGAUUCUACUUCAAUUAAAGUUGAUAAAACAAGAGAAAAAGGAAAACCUGUAGAAGUUAUUGUUAAAAGAAGUACAAUUACAACUCAUUUUAGUGAUGAAGAAGAGGAUUAUUUAAGCUCUGGUAGUGAUGGUGAAGGUAUAUUUGAUUUUAAAAGUGGAAAAAUAAGAAGUCGUGCAAAUAGUAAUGAGGACCUUGAUAAACUUCUUGCAAGUGGAGAGGAACGUCAUACCAAGGCACGUUAUCAUAAAAAGAAAGGAUCAUUUUGGACAAAACAAGAUGAAAAAACUAGUGGAAAUGAUAAUAAAAAUGAGGGAGCAAAUUUAGAAAUUGAUGUUUUUGAACAAACAUGUGAUUGUGCCGAUGGAGGUAUUGUUAUUAAAAAAACAUGGGAAGCUGUUUGGACAGUACAAAAUUUUGAAGAUUUACCAGAUUGGUUAAAAGAUAAUGAGUAUCUUUUAACUGGUCAUCGACCACCAUUACCAAGUUUUGUUGAAUGUUUUAAAAGUAUUCUAUCACUUCAUACAGAAACUGGUAAUAUAUGGACACAUUUAAUUGGAUGUGUUGCAUUUUUUGUACUUGCAUUAUGGUUUCUUACAAGACCUGAUACUCAUAUCCAAUUCCAGGAAAAAUUAGUUUUUUCAUUUUUCUUUUUAUCAGCUAUAAUAUGCUUGGGUGCUUCAUUUGUUUUUCAUACUGUAUCAUGUCAUUCUAUACCUGUAGUUAGAUUUUUUAGUAAAUUAGAUUAUGUUGGUAUUUCUCUCUUAAUUAUUGGAUCAUUUAUCCCAUGGAUAUAUUAUGGAUUUUAUUGUCGUGCAUUACCAAAAGUAACAUAUAUUACUAUGAUUGCUAUAUUAGGAGUUGCUGCCGUUGUUGUUUCAUUAUGGGACAAAUUUAGUGAACCAAAAUUUAGACCUUAUCGAGCAUUAGUAUUUGUAUUAAUGGGAAUGUCAGGAGUUUUUCCAGCAAUACAUUUUAUUAUGACAGAUGGAAUAUCAAAAAUGAUUGAUGAAAAUGGUUUUUAUUAUCUAAUCAUAAUGGCAAUAUUAUAUCUUAUUGGGGCUGUCUUAUACGCAACUAGAACACCAGAAAGAUUUUUCCCUGGUAAAUGUGAUAUUUGGUUUCAAAGUCAUCAAUUAUUUCAUCUAUGUGUUGUUUGUGCUGCUUUUACUCAUUACUAUGGUGUUUAUAACAUGGCAAUGAAUCGUCUUACAAGUGCCUGUCCAAGUGACAUAAAUACUACGCUUCAUGACAAAUAUCUUCAACAUCAAGAAUUAUAA